AUGUCUGCGACCGAGCACGCUCCACUGCCACGGCCCCUCCCCACUUCAGCACCCAAGGAUCCAUCUCCUUCCCCUCGGAUCUCACAUCAGGAGCCCCUGCGACCUAUCCAACCCAGGAGCUUAGAUGUCGAGCCCGAGCAGAAAGAGCCUCCUUCAGUGAGGAGCCCUGUGCCUCCCACCAGCCCUCUUCCCGAACCCACUCCACUUGAUGAUAAGCCGGAGCCACCAUCCCAACCAAAGCCCGAGGAACCGACAAAGGAAGCCGAGGAUAAGGAUAACGACGACAACGAUGACGAUGACAAUGCGUCUAAAGAUGUCGUGCAUAUGGAAACCUUUGAACAAAUAUUGGAACUCGACGAGGAUGACACCCAUGAUUUCUCUCAGCCUAUGGUCUGGGAGUAUUUUGAGCAGGCUGAAAAGACAUUUAAUGAUAUGAAUGAAGCACAUGAAAAUAAGGAUCUGCCUGCACUCUCACGGCUUGGUCAUUAUCUCAAAGGAUCGUCAGCGGCUCUUGGUCUUGCAAGGGUGCAAAACUCAUGUGAAAAGAUCCAACAUUACGGACAGCUUCGUGAUGAGGUUGCCAACAGAGACCUAACCCCAGCAGAGGCGUUAGAAAAGACAUCAAAGCUGCUCAGACGCGUCAGAAAGGAAUACAACGAAGCCCAGGAUUGGUUAAAGAAAUUUUACGGUCCCCAGGAGGGAGCCUGA